CUACACUCAAUUAAAAUGACGUCUGUCUAAUCUUAGGUUAUAUUUACCAAUAACAAAAUGGAAAUUCCAGAGGAACAAGACAUUAAACCGAUUAUAAACACAAUUCCAGUGUCUAACAGCAUUCAAGUUCCCGUAAUCCCAUCCACAUCUGAGUACAAUUCCGUUCCUUCAAAGUGGUCACCCGGUUCAUGGCAAGAUGCAAACCGUAAAAGUGCAUUCCAACCAUAUAAACAAAGUCUAGGAACUGUUUUGACUAAUUUACAAAGAGGAAACACACAAGCUGAAACUCCAAUACCACAAGAAGCUGACAUAAACUUCCACACGCGAGCCGGCCAAGGGGAAAUAACUGAGGCGGAUAUUAAAAGUGAAAGUAGCGUUGAUACAGUUGAUACUGAUGGUUUAACAGCCCUACAUUGGGCAUGUGCAUAUGGGCAGAUUACCACGGCUCAAUUAUUAAUAAGGUGCGGUGCAGAGAUUGAUAAAUUAGGUCCCGAAGGAGAAACACCUUUAUUACUCGCGUCGAGCGGCGGUCAUCAUGAGGUUGUACGAUUAUUGCUCAAUGAAGGGGCAAAUGCAAAUCAUGUGGACGAUGUAGGAAAUACAGCUCUAAUGUAUGCGGCUAGAGGUAACCAUCCACAUUGUUGUAACGAAUUAUUGUUUCGAGGUGCUGAUGUAAGCGUGGAAAACCAUUCUAAUGAUAAUGCUUAUAAUCUGGCAAUAGAUUUUAAUAGCAAUUUAGCAUUGGCUGUGAUUGAAAAUUACCUUUUGUCUCUACUGGGAUCGACAUAGUGAAUGCUAAUCACAAUUGACACCUGGAAGGAUUGGUGUAGAAUUCUUCCUAGUUUAAGGCUACUAGGCAGCCAUUUUUGUGCUAAACAGACCUAUUGACUCAUUAUAGGAUAGGAGCCACUUAAAUAAGUAAUAGUAUGCAGUAUUUCAAAGAAUUAGCAUUGUAGGCUAUUAUUAGAAAUCUUUGAAUAUAAAAUAUAGGAAGGUUUAGCUCG